CCGUCGCGACGACGUGUGCGUAUCCCGUUCUACGUCGGUAGACGCGUAGAGCUCGCGAGAUUCGCGUGUUCCGUGAGCGGCGUGACUUGGUACGAGCGUGUGCCACCUGUUCGCGUCGACGAUCGCGAACCCCUUGGUCUCUCCCACGCAAGAGUAUGCUCCCUUCUACCUAAUUCCACCCCUCGACCUGCGAGAAUUAUCCGGAAAGUACUUGUCAUUGUCGCGUGCUUGGAAUUCUCUCCCGUGGGGAAGCGCGAUCGUUCGAGUGUUUCGAUCGGUUCGUGGAUGACAGAUGUAGAAGAGAGAGAGAGAAGGGUGUGUAUUCAGAAUUGACUUGUGUCGACCUGUGUUUUCUUCACGUACGGAUCCUCGUUCAACGGAGAACGCUACCACCCGAGAAUGUUUGAAUAUUGUAAUUAAAUCUGUUUCGUGUUAGAUUCGAUUCGCCUCCGAUCGGUGGAAGGAUUAUAUUCGCAGAGCCAGACCACUCGUGUCGCGAUAUCCUUGCCACGAAGCUGCAAUCCCCUACGAAGGACACGAAGGUGCUCCAAUAUUCCCGCUGGUAAUCGAGUAAUGUAUUGAUUGAUCCUGCAACAGACAUAAUCAUCUUGGAAGAUUAAGAGCAGCUGGAAUUCCCAUCUAAACGUGAUCCCAUGAUGAUUUGUAACAUACCGAUGCGCCAUUGAUACACAGUGAGAACUGGUACUUGCGUCUCGCGAGGAAACGGAUAGUGUUCGUGAAAGGCUCGUUGAUUAACCGGUGCAGAAGCAGCUUUGGAUUAUGACUAUCGGAUGACGACCGACAUGGCGACGUCGUAAAGUCGACGCGGCUCUCGUCCUUCAUGGAUUACAAGUGAUAUCGCGGGACUAAAAUGACCAUCACCGUGGGACUCCGCGCUCCUUAACGCGAUUAUCAUAAAACAAAGCGUCGCUGUCAGUGUCGUCAUGACGUGUCUAAAUCGCGCAUAAACGAUCAAAGAGGACCUCGUCGACAAGCUGGUGCUCGAUGUAGGUGCGCAUCGCAAUCGGAGAACCAGAAAGGAAAAAGAUAAGCGAAGUUCGUGCACGAACACGUCGACGUAGCAGAAAAAAAAAAAAUACGCGGAACGUCAUAAAAAGAAAUAAAUAAAAAGUCGCGAGAGGGAUGCGGCCCACGGACGGAGGGUGGGGUCUUUAGAUACCGAUAAGGCUUAUCCGGAGAUACGAUGGCCGGCAACCGCGCUCGUCGACUCGUCAGUUGUAGUGCUCAGGUGCCGUCGACGAGAUCGUCGCGCCGUGAUAUCUCAGGUGGCAGCGCUAUCGCGCAUCACGCGUCAUUCCGAGGAGGUAUCUUGAGAGUCGACUGACUCGGAGAGUUUUCUGGACCAGGUGUUGUCGCAAACUGGGCGAGAGGAGGACCGCGCCGUAGACGCGAUAACAGCCAAUCAGAGAGCGAGUAAUCGCCCGGCUUUCAAAGCCGUCUCGAGUUUUUAAUUUGACGCUUUAGCGCGUUAAGUGGACGGCGACAAAAAGCGGCCACGUGACAUUGAGGGCGCGAACGAAGAGAAACGAGAAGAGAAGGGUUUCGUAUUCUACAGCUGGAUUGUGUUUCGACGGAUCUCCAAAGACUCUUCCUCCAUCCGCUUUUCCGGCAUUCUGAAGUACACGAAAAAAAAAAAGGAAGGAAAAACGAACGCGCUCGUCUCAAUAAUCGUCCGUCACGCGCUGCCCUCGAACGAAUCGAGACUUUGACAGGACUGGCAGCCUCUCUCGUGUUGUCGGUGUGCUUAAACCACGUGAUGAGUGUGUGAUUCGCGUGCUAAGAAUUACAAAUUCGUUCGACGCGAAACCGAGAGUGUCCUGUGUUCGUGCGUGUAGCCCGAUAUACAGUCGAGUUUGAGGGUUCGACGCCUUCAAACCGCGAGUGCACAACAAUCCUGUCUUCCUCAAGGAUAAACGAGGACGAUCGAAGGAGCCACCGCGAGCCGGUCGUCAGACGAAUCCCAAUGAAAAUGCUACAGUCACUCAACGCUCUGGCGGGCAAAAUCUCGCCGGGCUCUCCGACGGACAGCAACGCCAACAAGGUGCACAUGCAUAACAACAACAAUAAUAACAACAACGUAGUGCACCAUCAUCCCUACUCCAAACAGGCCCAGCCGUCACCGUCACAUUCGGCCAACGGCGAUCAGAAAGAAAACACUAUAAUGAACAACAACAGUGUGGAGCAGCCGGAUCCGGACAACAUAAAGAUGUUUGUGGGACAAGUACCUCACGACAUGGACGAGAAUGACCUGAGGACGAUGUUUGAAGAAUAUGGUCGAGUGCAUCAGAUAAAUAUUCUGCGGGAUAAAAUCACCGGCAGUCAUAGAGGAUGUUGCUUCGUUACUUUUUACACCAGAAAAGCAGCCUUGGCAGCGCAGAAUGCUCUUCAUAACGUCAAAACUUUUAGUGGGAUCAAUCUUGUUGACUACAAACCCGCCUUUGCGCGUCGUAAUAAGAUGCGCCAUCCGAUCCAGAUGAAGCCGGCUGACAGCGAGAAUCGGAACGAGCGCAAGCUGUUCGUCGGCAUGCUCGAAAAAUUCACGGAGAAUGACGUUAGGAACAUGUUCAGCGCUUACGGAAUGAUCGAAGAAUGUUCGGUGCUGAGGGACAGUACCGGAAAAAGUAAAGCCUGUGCCUUCGUUACCUUCGCUAGUAAGCAGUACGCGAUCAAUGCCAUUAAAGCUUUGCAUCAUUCCCAGACAAUGGAGGGCUGUUCGUCGCCGUUAGUCGUAAAAUUCGCCGACACGCAAAAAGAAAAGGAUCAGAAAAGGAUGCAGCAACUCCAGUCGAAUCUCUGGAAUAUCGCGGGAGUCAACAUCACGCCGCAUUACCUGGCCAAUGACGCGCAUACAUUGGCGCCUGCAUCGUUGCAAUUGCUGCAACAAUUGCAGGCAACAACGAGCGCCGCGACUCCAGUCGCCGCAAACGCGGGAGCGGCGAAUGCAUUGUCGAACGUGCAACAUCAAUUACUGUUACAACAACACCUUGGUCUUGGAGCGGCAACCCCUGCGCACGCAGCACCCCCUGCUGUACCCAGUCCGGCGGAAAUCAACCCCGCGAAUCUGCAAAGUCUGGCCACCCUCGCGUCUCUGAGCAACACCGCUGGUGAGUAUGCGAACGCGGGCGUGUCGCCGAUGAGUAUGCAGAACCUCGUCACUCUGGCAGCUAUGACCGGCGGAAACGGCAACCUCCAGGUGUCGCCAAACACAUUAACCGGCCUGGCAAAUUCGACAGCAGCUGCCCUUCUGGGAAAAACAGGAAAUACAGGGUCUACCGGGGGUAGUCUAAGUCCUGUAACAUCUCUCACGCUCAACUCUUUGACGGGGACGCCACUAAACGGACUUCAAGACUCGCUGAGUAACGCUUAUUCCAGUUUGCAACAAUAUGCAGCUCUCAUUGGAAAGACGACGGUGACGGUGGAAAAGAAAGAAUUGCAUAGGUUUCCCGCGUUCACGGCAGCUGCGGCCGCUGCGGCGGCGGCAACGCAGAAGACGAAGUUCACUAACACGGACAAGCAGAUCGAGGGUCCCGAAGGUUGCAACCUCUUUAUCUACCACCUGCCACAGGAAUUCAGCGACACGGAUCUCAUCUCCACCUUCUUGCCCUUCGGCAACGUCAUAUCCGCCAAAGUUUUCAUAGAUAAGCACACGCACAUGAGCAAAUGCUUCGGUUUCGUAUCGUAUGAUAAUGCGGCGAGCGCGCAAGUGGCGAUCCAGACGAUGCAUGGUUUCCAGAUUGGCAUGAAGCGGCUGAAGGUCCAGUUAAAACGGUCCAAGGACGCCUCUAAGCCGUACUAGCCGACGUCACAGAGCGUUCGUAGGUAGAUACCAAGGACUUCUCGGACAUCUCGGCUCGACGGCGUCCUUAAUCGGGACGACGCUCGCGCGUUUUAAUUUAUAACCGCGAUAAUUAAUCAUUAUUCUGCAGCGGGAUUGCCGCGUCUAAUCUAACGAGAUAGGUUUAGGUAGACAAACGAAAAAUAUCAGGUGGCAGGAUGUUCCACGAUGUUCUCUAGUCAAGCAGUAUUUUUCACGAAGGUAGCGAGCUAUAACGAGCUACAAAUCUAGCGUCCUCGGACGCUGAAGAGGAAACGUCGCCUCGCGACACCUUCGUCGUCCUAUCGAAACGAGGCUGUGAUAAUCCAGAAGACUCUCUUGUUCAUCGGAUUGACUUUUCUUCCGACGUUCAGGAACGUAAUAAUUUAUCGUUUUUAACGUGUCGCUUGUGCGAACUUGUCCCUCCCGCGAAAUUGUCUUCUCUUUCUCUUCUACCUACCGCCCAUAUGUGAAUUCUCAGUACAUUUUUCAGUCCAACAAUCUGUCUAUUCUGUCCAUAUCCGUCGCGAUUUUAUAUCGUGGUUACAUUCGUCUCAAUCUCCUUUCAGUACUCAGAAUUUUAAAUAUAAAAAUCCUACUUUCUUCGACAAUCCAUUCCAGUAAUUUUAUGGAAAAUAGGAUAGGAUUAACGAAUAUAAGUUUAAUAUUAUUAUUUCGGGCAACUUGAUUUCGUAUAAUGACUGAUUUCAGACACUAUGAUAUGACACCGAUAUUCCUAACAGAUCUAGUGAAUACGAUAUAUAAUUAUGAAGUAUUAUUAAAAUCUAGACAAUGCGCGAUCUAUUUAGAAACUAAAUGAGCCGUUUAUAUCGAAAGUAACUUUGCAUAUUAAAUUUUAAGAGAUAUUAACACAUAUGAGUAUAUUGAGAGUAUAUGUCAUGUUUGCUACAUAUUCUCUUAAACACAUAAGGGAAUUUGCAUGCAAGAGUUAUGAAAAAUACCUCAUUUUGCUUUCAUAAAAGAUAAAAAAAUUUGCAUGUAAAGGCUUCAUAAUGUGAUCGUCUGUAUAAUGAAUAUAUCCAUUUUAAAUAGAUCUCUUAAUUCGAUUUUUGUCUUGACAAUCCAUAUAGUAGCUUUCAAAAUAAAUGGCUCUAAUGUUUAAUAUUUCUAAAGAGAUUUUUUCACGCGAGAUGAAUAAAAGCUUUUCGAAUUUCAACUCAACUCGAUUUUCGAGUUAAAUUUUGUUACGUUCGUCAGAACUUUGAUAUAGCGUGCAUAUUUAUCGUUAAACAUGCUCAUUCAUUCUUGAAUUCAGUUUAUUUACGAAGUAAAACGUUUAGCACACGCGAACAAAAGUAUUUUUUAAUAUAAACGCGAGCAAAAUUGAAAAUCGAAUAUUCACGUUUAUCGCAAAAUACGCGGUAAUAAAAUAUCGGAUUCUUUGAAAUCGUCAUAUUCGCCCGUAUUUAUCACACGGUGUCGAAAACAUGGUCGUCUCUUCGAAUCUCGAAGAUGCAAACCUGGCGGCACGUUUCCCCGGUGACGCAAUCAAACAUCUCGUUGCAAAAGGCUGCCAGUAAAGCUUUCUGUGCUAACUUACUGUUGCACAAAGUGGAAUUACGUACGUGAAGUUCACUAACAACGUAGCUUUUCCCCCCCCAGGAGAGUAAGAGUAGUUCGCUUUGAAUUUUCACGCAGCGUUUCACGAGUCGUACCUUGUAACCAUUUGACGAUUUGACUUUUCUCUCUCUCUCUCUUUCUUUUUUUUUUUUCUUCCUGUAUUUUUGUAAUUCAUAUCUUUCUAUCUCUUUUUUUGUCUCUAUCUAGCUCUCUAUCUCAAUAACCACGUAGUUUAAGCCAGCAGUUGAACCGACAGUAUACGAGCGAUACACACAAGGAUCUACCUCACUCAUUAUAUAAUUGUGUCAGCUAUUAUAUCGCGUGUAUCCUUCGUUCAGUGUUCGAGGCGCACAAAAAUUGGUUACGUUCUAUCACGUGAUAAUAAUAUCACUAAAUUUUUUAAUGGUUAUAAUCACGCUACGACGCUUUAUUAGUUAGUAGUACUAACAUUGCCAUGUGAUUUUUUUGGGGGGAGGGGGGAGAAAUGUAAAGCCGAUCGUAAGAAGCGGUGGGAAUAUAAGCCGAUCGUUUCCGUAAUUUAUACAUUCAAGAAGAAUCCGCUACUUAUCAUUGUUCUACCGUUAUCGCAAUUUUCGCUCGAGACAAUCGAGGACGAAUAUAGCUUUCAACUAUGAAACGAUCAUUCGGCAUAUUACGUGUAAUUCGGAGGAAUAUUGCUGUUAUUUGCAUGCAAUCUGAAUUCGGAAACCGCCGGCGAAUUCCACCGAUCGCGUUGCAUCAGCAACGAGUUUCCAUCGAUGCGCUGUCAAACACUUUGUUUCUUUUUUUCCUUGUGACUGUCUGUCAAGCUGAGCAAAGUGGACGCUCGUUGCUUAUGUCUGAAAAGAACGACUCGGCAAAUUACCUGUGUACACGAUGCACGGUGUUGGUUUGAAGGCUCUGCGAAGAUCGAGUUUAAUCUUUCGAUGUAAUACUUUAACAGUUUAAAGUGACUCUGUAUAUACAUUAUAUUAUGUGCGCAAUUUUUUAUCAGACCCUACAACUCUCGAGAUAUUGCCUUAUUAGAGGAUUAACUCAAUAAGUCAACAUUUCGAAAUAAUUUGAUCAAUUUUUAUUUUUCAACACUGCCAAUAUAGAAAAAUAUUUAAUUUUCUGAUAACACAUAUUGAUUGAUCUCUCCCUAAGUCUUCAUGAAAAAUUAAUGACAUCGUGUCUGAUGACAACCAGUAUGAUCGAUUCAAGAUUGAGCGUCUGCAGAGACAAUUGGGCACAGAAUUAUUAGAUCUAGCGGAGUCUUCGAAAAAAAAAAAAAACCAUCACCGCGCGUGUUUGCCCAGGGAUAAAUCUUUAUAUCUGGUGUGUGGUGGUGACUAACAUGUCCGUGUGUUUGUUUGUGUGCCAGCAGGUGGCCUGUGACGUUGUGACCGUGUACUCUCGAUCGGAGUCGCCGUGCCAUGUCAGUCUCAGUCAGUCAAAUCGGUAUCGAUCGUUCGCUUGAUCGGUCGAUUGAUCAAUCACGAUUCCCCGGUCAGUCUCUCGAUCAGUCUAUCUGUGUCUAUCGGUGCCUGUAUAAAGAACAACACCCGCUCAAACGCGCUCUCACUUUCGCCGUAAAAGAUCCUCCGCCCGAUCGACCUCUUCUCUCUUCUCAUCUCAUCCCCACGAACUUUCGCGCGCUUAUAAACCACCUGUCCACAAAGGUGCACAACAUCGCUCACAUUUUGCGAUAUCGAUGCCGAGAGGAUCGGCGACGAUCGUCUCGAAAGUUGCGCCUCGUAUAUCUUCUCGAUUGCGAACUCGUCGGACUCGCAGGGGAGAAAUCACGAUGCUGGACGAUAUGCAUACGAAAAAAAAUGACGGGCGAGAGAAAUUGCGCAGAAGAACACGACGAAGAGGGCCAAGAAAGUGGAACGUGGAAAAAGUGGAUGAGGAUUACCAACCGAUCGAGCUGGAUUCCUCGAACGAAGCUAACGCGCACCACGUUAAUUGUCUGUCCACAACCCUCCCUGUAUAUAUAUACAGAUAUAUAAAUAUAUUAUACAUAUAUGUACAUACACAUAUAUGUGUACGUGUGUAUGUGAUAUGUGCGUGUGUGUCGAGAAUUCUUCGUGGCUGACUAGCGGUGAACGCGCGGACGUUUCUCUUCGUCUUACAACAAAAAAGGGGUCAGAAGGAAGAGGAACGAGCCGCGCGCGCAAGAGAGAAAAUUUCUUAUACAUAACUAUACAUAUACAUACAUGUUCAUAAAUCGGAUUAUUGACUGAGAACUAUUUUUAUCGGCUCUAUUGUCGAGAUCGCUGUCAGCGCUUUUCGCAGCGUCUGUUUAUAUAAUAUAUAUUAUAUAUAUAUAUAUAUAUAUAAAUAUACAUACACACACACAUAUAUGCGUCACGGCGAAUUGGGCGUGUGUAGGCGAGAAUAAUGUGUGUGUAUGGAAAAAAAAGCGCGAGAGAGACGGAGGCUGGAAAAUAUAUGGAAAGGACGAACGAUGAUCGUGCGGAACCGACGCACGUGCGAUUUCUUAGAUUUAAAAAAAAAAAUCGUGCAAAUAUACCAAAAACGAAAACGGAUACAAAGAAAGAAACAAAAAAUCGAUAGGUAGCGAAGAAAUGAAUGUAAGAGACAUUUUGUAGUAAUGACCUUUUGUGAUAAGAUUGUAUCGUAUAUAGGGGACCGGAUAAUUUGGGACCUCAAAAAUUUGGGGGGUCUCAAAAAUUGAAGCUGGGCCGGAUCGCUCAGAAGCUAACACAUCAAGUGUCACGCGUUAAUUGCGCGCAUCCAAUUUUAUGCCGCCACUGGAAACGCUUCGCGAACGUAGAGACAAGUACACGAGAUGCGAGAAAUUUUUAACGAGUUUUAACGUCGGACGAGUUUCCCGACUUGCGCACUUGCAUCGUCUUCUUCGUCGGGUUCACGAGUUGCACGCUUUAUGCAAUUAUAGUCUUAGCUCUUCGCGAAACAAAAGCUGGAUACGGGACCGAUCCUGUGGACAAGCUGCUUGGAUCGACUCGAGUUAAAAAUCUUCGAUUUCGCAACACAAAAUGCGAAAUCAGAGAAUCAGAGUUAUUGUGUAUAAUUGUGAAACACGCAUUCAAAAAAAGAAAAAUAGAUUUACUCGAGUAGGUUUGCAUCAACGCGCAAGAUAUUUUGAAAUAAAUCAUUCGUGACGCCGAAUAUAAAUUUGCUUCUUGGAAAUAAAUAAAAAAAAUUGUUGCGUUUUGGGGGAUCAAAAUUCUGUCGAUUAUCGAACCGCUUUAUAUAAGGACCUCAGAUAAUUACAAAUUAACAAUAUCCUCUUUUACGUGUGAGAUUACAGUUAACUUUGAUUCAAGCAAAAUAGAUAUUUGGACAUUUUUGCUUUUAAAUGCAAAUAAAAUGCAAGUGACGAAAUUUCAAAUGUCGCGUGAGUGUUUUCGAAAUUACGUAACAAAUCAUGGAACGAUUAUUAUAAAUAUUUUCAGCUCGGGAUGACCAACGCGAAAGUCGGUUGCAUGACGAAGCCGUGCGAUAAUUGUAUUCGAAUAAAUCAAAACCGUCGUGCAAGGAUAUACACAGGGUUAGUGAUUAAAAAUAAGUAAUUCUAAGUGCUCUAGUCUGGAUGUGUGAACGCCUUCGUGAAUGUUAAUUUAAUAUGAAAAUGUGAAACAUCUUAAAGUCGAUCGCAUAAGUGAAUCACGUUAUUUAAUAGGAAAUCAUCAUAUUGUAGAAUCUUAAAUUUUAAUACAAAAUAAUAUUUCUAUUUUGUAUAUAA